AGGCUCUGUUGGCCCCAGGCAGCGCCAGCCCACAAGGGUGGACAGUCCGAGAUCUACAGUGAGGUGGCCGAGGACGAGCCCCCCAGCGACACGUUCUGAUGCCGAACCGGUACCUAGCGUGCACGGUGCGGCGGCUGAGAGGGAUCCGCGCCUGCGACCAGCUGUUGGCUGCUUCCGGGACCGGGCAUCGAAUCGAAGGCAGCUAGCGCCCGGCACAAUGGGGCGGGUGCAGAAGUGGCGCCCCCUGGGGAUGCGAGCCCCCUGUACGGCUCGGUGCGUCCGGGCCUGGCAGGCCUUUCCUGGACACCGACGGAGCGGCUGGAUCCGCUGCAAAGCCGGGACAGCGCAUGCGGGCGCUGGGUGGUCGGAGGAGCUGACCCGGCCUGCGGGGCUGGCAGCGGGACAGAACUAUCACGCAAGGCGGGCGGCCCCGCGAGGCCCGCGAGCUGGAGAGCGCUUCCGCGGGCCCAGAAACCCGGGCCCGCGCCUGCGCAAGGUGGAGAAGGCCAAGCCUCGACCAACCGGGGCCGGCGCAGGUAGCACGCGGUCCCGCGGGCGGGACAGGCUGGCCCCGGGGGGGCCCCCCCUGGCCCCCGACCGCCAGCGCGCCCUGCGGGAGGAACGACAGCGCCACACCCUGGAGACACACAAGGAGCGGCAGCGCUAUGAGCAGGCGCUGGCGGAGCUGACCCGGGCCAGCCCGCGCUACGUGGAGGAGAUGGAGUCGGUCUUCGAGCAGGGCCAAGAGUUUGAGCAGAGACGCAUCGAGUUCCUCAAGGAGGCCUUGGCGGCUCUGCAGCGCCGGCUGGACCCUACCGCCCACCCCGGGGUGCAGGCUGCGCAGACCCAGCUCCGCCAGGCCAUCAGUGACAUCAGCGCCCGCCAGGACCUGGACUGGUGGCGCCGCCAGCGCGGGCCCGGCAUGGCCAUGGCAUGGCCCGAGUUCGAGGUGAGACCCCCUGUCACAGAGUCACCGGGGCGAUGCCGUAGGAAGCCAGGCAGGACUCGGGGGGGCCCCCUCUCUGUGAGCAAGAUGCCGCCGCGGCUUCCACCUUCCUGGGUCUGA